GCCAUUGACGUCAUUAAAAAAAGAAGAAGAGAAGCAACACAUCGGCAUCUUGCUAACUAGUUAGUUUAUUCUAGACUGGGCUUGUAAUCUCUUAUCCUGGUUAAGUGGUGUAGACAUAUAUAUAUAUAUAUCAAAAUUGUUUGCGGAUCUACGUUGCCAGACAGAGGAAUCGAUCAUGUCUGGAAUACCACCUGAUUCAUGGCAGCCGUCCACUGUUACGCUGGAUACAACAAUGGGCCCAAUAAUAGUUGAAUUGUAUUGGAGGCAUGCCCCUAAAACCUGCAAAAACUUUGCUGAGUUGGCAAGAAGGGGUUAUUACAACAAUACCAAGUUUCAUCGAAUCAUCAAGGAUUUCAUGGUGCAAGGUGGGGAUCCCACAGGAACAGGUAGAGGUGGUGCUUCUAUAUAUGGCAAGCAGUUUGAGGAUGAGCUUAAUCCCGAACUUAAAUUCACAGGUGCAGGAAUUUUGGCUAUGGCCAAUGCGGGACCUGACACCAAUGGAAGUCAAUUUUUUCUGACUCUUGGGCCCACACAGUGGUUGGAUGGGAAGCACAGUAUUUUUGGAAGAGUGUGUCAAGGCAUGGGAGUGGUAAACCGCAUUGGAAUGGUUGAGACAAACACCCAAGACAGGCCUACUGAUGACAUAAAAAUACUUCGGACAAAUGUGGCCACUUAAUUGCCCUUCCUGCUUUUUAUUUUUGUCUGUGCAGUAAUUUUCUGUCAAUGUUGUUUUUUAUUAAUAAAAAUGAUUUUGGAUCAUU